UAUAACAGCAGCCCUGCGCGUCGAAGUGAGUAACAGGUAACCCAGGUGAAGACUGCUGCUACCGCCCAGAGCUGCAGGUGCGUACACUGCCUUCACUAUAUGAUCACUACAUGGUCAUAUAUUCAACGGCAGGUCGAGGACAUGUGUAGAUGGACCAAAGGAUUUCAGCAUCCCGGGACACUGUACUUUAAAACGCGGGGAUUCGGAUAAUCUUGGAGAGUUGAUAGCCAUGGCUCCAAAACCAGAGGAGGGGACUAAUUCCUCCCACACUCUCGAUGACAACAAUGUGACUAAAGACACUGACAUCCCGCCAGCUUACUCCACUCUGGACCUAAUGAAUGCUGAUCUGGGUGCAGAAGAUCCCUGGGAUCUCCCAGCACUCAAAGACACUGGGAUCAAAUGGUCAGAGCUUGAUACAAAAGGAAAGAUUAUGAGAGUGCUGACUGGUGUAGUGAAGCUCAUCCUGCUGCUUGGGUUUCUUUACUUGUUUAUUUGCUCUUUGGGUAUUCUCAGUUCUGCUUUCCAGCUAGUCGGAGGCAAAGUUGCUGGUGACAUCUUCCAGGACAAUGUUGUGUUGGCCAACCCUGUGGCUGGUCUGGUGAUUGGGGUGUUAGUCACAGUCCUCGUGCAGAGCUCCAGCACCUCCACCUCUAUUGUGGUCAGCAUGGUGUCCUCUGGGUUGCUGGAGGUCAAGUCUGCAGUGCCGAUCAUCAUGGGUGCCAACAUUGGAACAUCUGUCACCAACACUAUUGUGGCAACGAUGCAAGCAGGAGACCGAAAUGAGUUCCGCAGGGCAUUUGCUGGUGCUACAGUCCACGACUUCUUCAACUGGCUGUCUGUGCUGGUUAUUCUGCCGCUGGAAGCAGCCACAGGUGCUUUGUACAAACUCACCAAGGUCAUAAUAGAGUCCUUCAAUAUCCAGACUGGAGAAGAUGCCCCUGACUUGCUCAACGUCAUCACAGACCCUUUAACAAAUGCUAUCAUCCAGCUGGACAAAUCUGUGAUCACCGACAUUGCCACUGGUGACCCGGCUGCCAGAAACAAGAGUCUGAUCAAAGUAUGGUGCAAGAAAAAGGUCAACACGACUUUCUGGAAUGAAACCACGACAAGCUGCGCUGCCGGUGCUGUCUGUUGGGAGGAAGGAAACCAGACCUGGACUGAGAAGAACAUGACUUGGACCAUCUACCUGCAGAAAUGCAAACACCUCUUUGUCGAUACUACUUUACCGGACCUGGCAGUGGGCCUCAUUCUUCUGGCUCUGUCUUUGUUUGUCCUCUGCACCUGCCUCAUCCUCAUCGUCAAGCUGCUCAACUCCAUGCUGAAGGGGCAGGUGGCUGUGGUCAUCAAGAAGGUGCUCAACACAGACUUCCCCUUCCCCUUCUCUUGGGUUACUGGCUAUCUUGCAAUGUUGGUGGGAGCUGGGAUGACCUUCAUUGUUCAGAGCAGCUCCAUCUUCACCUCAGCUAUAACUCCUCUUGUUGGUAUUGGUGUCAUUAGCCUUGAGCGAGCUUAUCCUCUGACACUGGGGUCAAAUAUUGGUACAACAACCACUGCUAUACUUGCUGCUAUGGCUAGCCCUGGAGAGACACUAGCCAACUCGCUGCAGAUUGCACUUUGCCAUUUCUUCUUUAAUAUCAUGGGUAUUAUACUGUGGUACCCAAUCCCUGCCUUGCGAGUGCCCAUCAGAUUGGCCAGAGGGCUGGGGAAUCGUACAGCCAAGUACCGCUGGUUUGCCGGCGUCUACCUCAUCCUUUGCUUCUUUAUUUUGCCUCUGACUAUUUUCGGCCUGUCGAUGGCCGGCUGGGAAGUUUUGGUCGGCGUUGGUGUGCCCAUCGUUGUGUUGAUUGUCUUUGUCAUCAUUGUCAACGUGAUGCAGUCUCGAUGGCCCCGCUUCCUGCCAAAGGUCCUCCGUAACUGGGACUUUUUGCCUCGCCCCCUGCACUCCAUGGCACCAUGGGACACUAUGUUGACUUCAACAAUGGGCUUCUGCAGCAAACACUGCUGCUGUUGUUGUAAAUGCUGCAAGUGCAAGUGCUGCAGUAAAGAAGAGGAUGAAAAGAUUGGCAGGGGCAGCAUGAACAGUCUGGAAAUGUAUGACAACCCAGCAAUGUCAAGAGACUUGUGUACGACGGAGGGUGCCACUUCAACACCAUUUUAAUAUUAUUAAGGUAAAAUUGUAUCCACGGUAUACAAAUAAACUGAGUGCACCCCUUUGUAAAAUCACUAAAAUGUUAAGUUAUUCAAAACUGACUGUGUAGUGGCCGAUUCACCGUGCAAGUUCUAAGGCCACUUAGUCUGCAAGGAUCUUACUUUGACGUGUGUCCACAGAACCAGAUUCCACUUUCCAUUAGAUAUUUCCACAAAAUUACUCACAAAUCCAGCUGCAGGGAUAAUAAUUGAAUGCGGGUUUAUUUUCCAUAACAAGUCCAUAGGACACCUCUAUGUAAACACUCUGUUUACCUUUGAUCAAUGCAACAAAAAUAAUCCGUAAUUUCCAUUUAUUAUUUGCAUGAAAAAGGUCAAAUCAAUCAAGGAAGAAACAGGUUGUGAGACAUCAUGAAAGAUGGGUAAGGGUACGAGAGCUUCAGUAGGGGACAGGUAUAAGAAGUGGCACACUACCAAUAACAGAAGGCACAGUGGCUGUCCUUGAAAAAUGACAUCACGCACACUUAGUUUUUUACGCAAACAUGCAUUGGAAAACAGACUGGUAAGUGCCUCUGACUUGGCCCAAGCAUUAUCUAUGUAAAUUGGUAUUUCAUUGACAUCAUCUACAAGCAAUUGCUUAUAAAAUGUCACCAAACUGCAGAAUUACACUUCGCCAAAGAACAUGAAAAGAAGCCUGACAAAUAUUGGCAGCACCCUCUUUGGUCAGAUGAAACCAAAACAAAUGAGUUUGGAUCAGAUGCAUGUUUGGCGGACGACUACAGUGACUGCACUGUGCCGAUCAUGGAGGAGGAGUGUGCUGAUUUGGGGCUGCACAUGUGCAAAAGUGUAGGGUGAGAUGAUAUGUAAGUCAUUUCAGUUUUUUACUGUAUACCCAAAUACUGAAAGAAAAGGUGACUGUCACUCUCAACAUAACAAUAAUCAUGAACACACUUCGAAAAUCACGAGUUUGUAAAGUACACCAAAGCAAAAAGAGAAAGUAAAAGUAACGUUGACGUUUAUUGCAGGUGGUUCUUUAAUAUGCAUUUUUCAUUUCAGUUUAAUGGCUCAGAUAUUAAUUUUCCUCAGUCUUCUUUGGUUUUGGCUACAAACAAAUAAGUAUGUAUUAAAUGGCCAGAAUUUGUAGUUAUUUAACAUCUUAGCGAUGUUGACCAGGGUUGUACUCAGUCUUAUUGUGUACUGUAUAAGUGAUAUUUAAUGCAGUGAUGUACCUGUUGUACACUUGUUCAUCACUUCUCAGCUUGUGGUAUGUUGAUCGUCCCCCUUUAUGAGAUGAUAUACUAAGCACUACAGUAAACACUUUCUAUUUCAUCAUGCUGGAGAAUAUGAAGAGAAGUGCUGGACCUACUCUAUUGUACCUGUACUAUACAGUAACUACUGAGCUGCUGCUUCUGGGCAGGCAGGUGAUGUUUAUUUUGCUCUAACUAAACAUGUCUGCUGUCUGCUGUAAGGUAACUAUGGGUAGUUGCAAAUAUUAUGACAUAAUUUUGUAUAUUUUGUUGAUAAGUGUG